AUGAUUGGUGGGUUUUGCAUGAAAAAGGAUCCCAUGCGAUUCUCAAAACCCCAAGAAUGUUCGAUUUGUCGAAGAAUCUUCGUAACACCUAAUGCCCUACUCGCACACUUCGAGGCUUUUCAUUCCAAUCGUCUUUUUUCAUCUUUCUCUUCCUCCGUCCCCGCCGCCGCAUCACCCACCACCGUCCGCCACCAUCCAUACCGAAACCCUAAUCCUGUUUUAUCGACGAGGAAUCGUUUUGACUUGAAUUUUUACCGUACUGGUUAUUUAGAUGAACAGGGGAGGUUUCAGAAAAGAGAUCCGGCGGUAGCUCCUCCGACCAACAAAACUAACAUUUUGUUUGGGCAGAACCCGAACCAGAGGCCGACGCUGAUGGAUCUUUUUCCGGCGACGUUAUCAGAAGAUGAUCAUACGUUGCCGCUUCUUCGCCAGAUGGAGCAACGUAGAUCGGAGGUUCCUGUGACGAGGAACGACACAGCCAAGUGGAGUUCCAUCGACUUGAAAUUGAGGCUAUGA